AUUAACUAAUUAUCAUCAGUUGGAACACAUCGGCGAAAAAGACAUCAAUCCUUACAAAAAUGAUUGACUUAAGAACUAGAGAAAAAUGACAAACAAAUCGCUUGACGAUUCAAAGGAUUCGCUGCGUUCUGUAUCAGUAGAGAAAGCAUUGCUAGCCGCUACAGCUUUCGGAUGCGGGGUGUACUUGGCCAGGGAGCUGUACCUACGAUUGUCCGGGCGUGGCAUGUCGAGUGAGGAAUGGAGGAGGAGGAACGGCUAUCUACGUUUCCCCGCGUAUGGUAACUUUCCUGAUCUGAGCCUUAACAACACGCUAAUGGCAAAGUAUUUGACUCCAGAGAUGUACGAGAAACUUAAAAACAGAAAAACGUCAGGAAAGUUCACACUCGAGAAACUCAUCCAAGUAGGAGUUGAUUGUCCCAGCGUGCCGUGGGGCCGUGCAGCAGGCGUGGUCGCUGGCGAUGAAGAGACGUACACGGUGUUCUCACCAAUACUCGACAGUGUUAUCAAGGACCUACAUGAUUACGGACCCGAGGAAAAACAAAAGAGGGACGUGGAUUGUAAAGGGCUUCGAGACGCGACCAUCCCGCGGGCAAAAUGGAAGGCCACUAGAAUCACCGCAUGGCGCUCUUUAAAGGGGUACCGCUUUCCAGCUGCUUGCGGGCGCCUGGAUCGAAGGCAGAUCGAGCAGGCCAUCCAAAGCGCGCUGAAAAGAUUAAAGGGGGAGUUCAAGGGAAAAUACUACUCCAUAGUGGAUCUCCCAGAAAGCGACCAAAAACACCUCACCGCCAACAAUCUAAUGUUGGUGCACAACACACCGGAAAUGACGUGUUCGGAGCGGUCACGUGACUGGCCGGAUGCUCGGGGGAUCUUCUUUACCAGUGACAAAACCUUCGUAGUACACGUAAACGAGGCUGAUCAUCUCAAGGUGAUAUGCUGGUCUCAAGGCUCCGAUCUCUUCGACACCUAUGACCGUUUUCAGCGAGGCCUGAGCCAGUUGGAGGAAGAGCUUAAACAAAACGACGAAGAAUUCGCCCUGUCUGACCACUUAGGCUACAUCGUGUCUGAUCCACGGCAUUUAGGCACGGCCAUGGAAGUGCGCAUGCGAGUUCAAUUCCGUCACUUAGCAACGGAUAACAGGUUGCAUUUUGCACUUAAGUGUCUCAACAUGAAAAGAUGCCGUCAGGGUAUCUCUUCCAUCAGCAUAAGGAAGGGGCAGUUUGAUUGCUGCAGCAUAUUGUCCCUGGGAGUCACAGAGGUCCAACUCCUACAAGGUAUGGUUGAGGGAAUAAAUAAGCUGUCUGGUCUGGAGGCGUUAUUAGACCAGGGCCAUGAAAUCCACGAGGCUUUAAAUGACUUGCAGGACGCACCGGUAGUUCUACCGCAACUACGAUUCCAGUAACAAUAGCGAGAUUACCAUGUUUCUAUGAACACUAGCGAGAUAACUAUGAUUCCUGGGACACUAUAAUAGCGAGAUUACUACGUGUGUACUACGAUUUUAUGAUCUAACACUAACGAGUUAACUAUGUGUGAACGGAUGCAUUCAAGUUGUAAUAUUAACGAGCUCAGAAUCUUAGCAAGGAGGACAUCAGGUGAUUAAAGCUUGUUUGAUAUUUUGAAAA